AUGAAAUAUUAGCGAGGAGGCACCAACAAAUCCACGCCCUCAAACCAAGCAAUCAGCUCUAUCGGCACUCCUGACAAUGCCACAGUAAUAAAUACUUCCAUGAAUAUGGCCUCCAAUUAGGACGCUCCUGGAGGCUUUGGACGAGAAGCAGCUAAACAUCAAAAUAGCUCAAUUUCGCCUUUCAUGAAAGGCCUGGAAGAGAAAAAUAUUAAAAAUGAGGAGCUGUUCAGAAAUUCACAGCAGAGGAAUAAGAACAAGAUCCACCCAAUGAACAGCGAUGAUAAAAAGAUGAAUGCUGAUCACAUCAAGGUGCACGACCAAGAUGAAUAUGAAGAUGAAGAUUAUGGAGAGGAGGAUUAUGAUGAUGAGGAGGAAGUGGGAAGCAACACUCAUGCUAAUCAGGCUCUUCAAAAGAAAACCACUUCCAUAUUCAAGCAAGACGCUUCUCACGGACUCUCCUAUGAAAAGAUGGUUUAUAGUCUGCAUAAGACACAUCCAAGAGUUACCAUUAAAGACGAAAAAACUGGGAAAACCAAAUAUUCAAAGCAUCCUUAUUGCAAAACUAAGACUGGCUGGCACUGCUGUUGUCGCUACUUCAGAGAAACUGACUUCGCUCAGUAUGGUGCGGGUAUUGCUCUGUACUUCUAGUUCUUGAAGCACAUCUUUGUAGUUUUCUUCUUCAUGGCUCUUAUGAGUUUCCCCGCCUACGUGUUUUACUUCAGUGGCAACACUGCUGAGUCCUCCAGUUACACUAAUCUCAAGUACAUACUCGCUGCUUUCUCUCUUGGCAAUGUCGGAUAAUCUGACUAUGCUUGCAACAGUGCCUAAUUAUCAGAGAGUAAAAUCAGUUUGUAUUGUGCUUAUGGAACUCUGGAUACUAUAUAUCAAUUUGGAUAAUCCCUCUCGAAUAGCAGCUCAAGUUGCAAGAAUGAUGGCGAGAAUUUGAAAUUCACUCCCAGUACAUGUGACUACAGACAGAGCGGUUUCGGAUCUAUCAAUAAAGCCAACUUGAAUAAGCUUUUUAACUCAACAUGCACUGGCAAAGUCAGUUGCACCCUUCCAUUCUACUAUAAUGCUACUAGCGUUACAAACUCAUCACAAUUCGUGAACACAUCUAUUGUUCCAGCUAACUGCACCAAUGGAUCGCCGAAGUACUCUCAAAAUGAAGUGGUGUACUUCCUGCAAGCUGUUUGCAAGAGUGAUAAAAUCAAUGUUUUUCUCUCAAAUUACUUCUACUUGGAUAAAAGUACAGUAGCUUUGGUGAUUGUAUUAUUGGAUCUGGGUAUAGCAUUCUUUCUUUGGGCUACAUUCGUUUAUCUCAAAGCCUUUUAGAACAUUACAGCCGACGAAAUCAAUGAGGCUGUUAUUACAGCUUCAGACUUCUCAGUCUAGAUCAAGAAUCUACCGAAUCAUGAUCACCUUAAAAAGCUAAAAACCAAUAUAUUAUGGAAAAUUGAAUCUAUACUUUAACUUGAAAAAGAUGCUCUAGUAAAUCCUUAGUCUAACAUUGAAGAUGAAUAUUAGAACUACUUAAUGGACAUUAAUUUUGGACUUAAUGACUACGGAAGACUGGACUAUAUGAUGAAAAUGGCUUAAUAGUUGCAAGAAAAGAAAAAGUAUGAGGCUUUGAUAAAGGAUGAUCCAGCAAAGAGAGACAUAUAUCAGAAGAAGAUAGAUGACUUGAAUAAGAAGGCUAUUCAAUAGCUGAAAGACAUGGAGGAGUAUGCUAAAAAUAACAAGCAGAGAGCUGUCAUUGCUUAUGCACAGUUCUAAAGUAUGAACGGCAAGAAGAAAUUCAUUAAAGCUAUGAGAGUCACUAGAUGCCAGAGAAUGUGUGGUAAUUCUAAGCUUUUCUAGCAUAAAUACUUUGAGAGCAACUGGCCAGAGAUCAAAUCAGCACCAGAGCCAUCUGUUAUUUUAUGGCAAAAUCUAAGAGUUGGCCCCUUUAAUAGAUUUAUCAGAACUCUAAUAGUGGGACUCAUUACUUUAGUUUUGCUUCUGAUUUCAGUCUUUGGCAUCGUCACUACCAAGUACUACCAAGAUCUAUACUCAUCAAAGUAUAACCUUGAGAGUUGUGGUGGAAUCGAUGUUACCCAGACAUCUGCAUAUAGUGAUUAUUUAUUGCCAAGCGACAGACUGGAAGUGAGAAAUAUAGUGUUUCCAAAUAAAGAAAAGCUUUGUUCUGAUUGGUUGACUGGCUAUACCAUUACAAAUGCUAUGAUCUACUCUACUGCUAUCUUAAUUACUGCUCUCAACGUCAUCAUCACUGAAGUUCUUAUUAGUAAGUUUCAGAUAAUUUUAUCAUUCAAACUAGGACUCUCGAGAUUCCAGAAGUUUCAUACCAAGACUCAAGAAAAAGCAUCUAGCACCAUAAAAAUGUUCUUAAUUCAAUUCAUCAAUACAGGUCUCGUUAUAUUGCUAGUAAAUGCUAAGGUCUCUGAAGUGCAGUUGCCAGACUUUGUGCCUUUAUUCUCAGGCAAAUUUUCUGAUUUCACAGUUGAGUGGUACAGAGUAGUAGGAACUACUAUUACACUUACCAUGCUUAUCAAUAUUAUCUCUCCACACAUUGGAGCGUUUGUUAAGAUCUUCAUUAAGUCGUUUAAGAGAUGCCUUGAUAGAAGCUGCACUUGCGACAGAAGAAGGACGAAGAAGUUGCUUCAGGAUGACUACAAUGAGGUUUACACUGGGCCGGAGUUCUUAAUUGAAGUUAGAUAUGCCUAGAUCAUGUCCUCCAUGUUCAUCAUCAUGAUUUACUCCAGUGGAAUGCCCCUUCUUUAUAUUGUUGGAUGCAUCUAGUUCUUCAUCAUGUACCUAGUCGAUAAAUUCCUUUGUAAGUUUUGGCUUUAUUCAUUCAACUUGCUUUUAGUCACAAGAGUGUAUAAGAAGCCGCCCAGAUAUGGCAUUGAGCUUUCCAACAUUUCAAGAAGUAUUCUAGUCUAUACAGUGCUGAUUCAUCUCUGUUUUGGCUUUUACAUGUUUUCCAACUCUUCAAUCUUUGCAUACGACAGUGAUAUUGGUUUCUUGACCUAGAUAAGAGACAGAUUCUAGGAUGAGCUUGACAAUGUCAUAGUUACUAAUGAGUAUUUGUCUGUCUAGAGAAUCACCCAGACGCAUACACUCUUAUACAUUCUUGGCGCAGCUUUGAUACUGAUAAUCUUUAUGCUUACAGAAAUCAUCUAGUAUUGCUUCCCAGACAGUUGGAAGAAGUGCUGCUGCUUAUGCUUUAACUAAAAAGAGCACGAUGAUAUUGUUCUCAAAUCCUUUAGUGCUAAUAUCUAUAAAGAGUUAGGAGUCGAGGACUAAAGAUAAGAAUAUAAAAAGACGAGAUAAGAACUAGCAGAUAUAUAGAUGAUGGUUAAACAAGGCAUCAUAGGCCAAGAUGAAAAAAGUGCUGUGAUCAUUGAAAGGCUUCAAAUGAAGUUGAAAAUCAUGAAAGAAAUCAUGAUUUAGCAGCUAAAGCAAGAUGGUUUGGGUCAGGCAAACGAUACUUUGACUGGAUUUGCAAACUUGUUUAAGCACAAGAAGAACGAUUUAUCGCAUAGAAUUAAGACCAGGUAUUCUUAUGAUAUUAAGGACGAUGAUACUUACAAGAGAGUGCAGAAGAUCGAGAAGAGGAUGAGGAAGUAUUACGCAAGGUAAAAUUAAUAGGCUUGA